GAUCAGAGACUGAGAUGCUUGUGUGUUGGGAGUGAGUCAUGGGGAUAGGGGUGCAGCCUGGGGAGACCCGAACUGCCUGGAGUGGACGCUUCCAGACUCAGGCUCACGCUCCAGUGGGAACAGACAAUGAACCCACAAAUAAGGUCCUGGUGAGUGAUGUCGGGGGAGAGUCAGGGGAGGAGUCCUGCCACUUUAGCUAGGGGAUCUUGGAAGGGCUCUUGGAAGUGGUGACCAUUGACACAUAUUUUGGGGAGGAGGAGCAGAGUGCCUAGAACAGGGCUGGGGACAGGGAGGUUGGUGAUGAGAGAGAGAAGGAAGCACUUCAGGGCAGGGAAGGUCCCAGCCAAGCUGCCCCUGACCUUCUUAAGAAAGUGGGGUGUCUUAAGGGUGGGUGAUGAGAAUCUUGCUUCCUGAGGACUGAGAACAAUGAUUUUGAUCCAUAAAGUCCUGGCCACUCCCACCAAAGGGUCCAAAGCUCCCUGUUCAGUCACAAACCCAGGCCAGGGGUCAGAGGCUGGUCCCAACCUACCCCUCCCCAGAGUGCACGCAUCUUGCAGCUACCACAUCCUCUAGGGGCCUCCAGUUACCAUCACAUAAGGCAGGACCCCAGAGUGUGACCCAGUGACACAGAACAUAACCAGCCUCCUACCUAGCUGCCUUGUGGUUUUCUGAGCAACCACAGUCCUCCCCAACCUGACUUCCCAAGCAGCCAGGGAGCCUAACUCAGCAGCUAGGAGGGGGCGGAGGUGUGGGAACCCCAUUUCUGAGGCCUCCUCUUCUCUCAGCUGGACCAGUGGGGAAGCCGUCCUGCUGUUCCUGAGUGGGCAGGAGCUGUUCAAGGUUACAGACCAUCAAACCCUCGUGCAGCUCCAGCCAGAAGCAGCCCAGCCAGCAGGUCUCGCCUCCUGCCUGGCGACCUGGCUCCACCAGUGCAGGGCUCGGGGAAGCUAAGCAGCCGAACGUGUCUGACGCCUUCCUGACCGUCCUGUCAGCACUGUCUUCACUCCCAGCAGAAAGACUACCUGCCCCUUGUCCAGCAGCCUGUGCGGGUGGGCGGGCCGGCAGGAGGCCAUCUGGAUCUCACUGCGCUUGGGCUCGGCCCUGCAGGACCAUGGUGGCAGCCUGGGUGUGGCUCCCCAACAGAAGUUUUCCAGCAGUCAUAGAGUUACCUUGGCGGGCAGCGAGCAUCAGGGCCAGGCUGUGGGGGGGUUUUCCAGGAGCCUCUUAGGGGCUCAACUCCCAGCCAGACAAAGGACAGUGACUAGGGAGAACCAAGCGGACAGGCACCACUGGGGUCUCACAGGCAGGAGACUAUGGGUAGUCCCUGUCCCCCCGAGAAGGGGCCAGGCCAGCCAUGUCAGUAUGAGACUCGCUUCUGGGAUCUGGAUCGAAGAGCAGGCAUAGAUGUUGAAGCCAGACUUGGCCCUGGAGCAGAGGGGUUCCUGGACUGGGGGCCUCUGGAUGGGACAGUGAAGCCUCACCUUCAGUGGCUAAGAUCCCAGGGUAUGGGACCCCCAGGUCCACAGCUUGAGGAGGAGGUCUGGGACAUUGAGGGCAUUGAGGUAUGCAGGUGGUCUGCCCAGGCUUGGGGGGCUGGGGUGUGCCAUGUUCUAGAGAAGUCCACAGAAGGGAUCCCGGGGACAGUGUCCCCGCAGGGCCACCUUGGCCCCGGGGCCUCUGACAGCCAGACCAGCAUGCCAGGGCUCCUUUGGUCGGGGACCGUGGCCUCAAGGGCAGCAGGUAGCACCUGCGCCGUGGGCCGGGGCUGGUGUAGCCUCAGGACCGCAGCGCUGGCUUGCCUGACAACAAGCUCCAGUACUAGCACUCGGCUCUCGGUUCUGCGAGGGAGGCAGACACACGCCUGCACGUGCGAGAUACGCCGAGCGCACAGAGCAGUCCUGGGGCCUUCCUGGAGCAGAGUCACCGAUGAGGACACCCGAUGAUCGACGGCGAGAAGCUGAGCGGUGUGACCGACGGCCGGGGCGUUCACGCUGUGCUGGCCACACAGAGGGCAGAGGACUCCAGCGAGAGCCGCGAGGAGGAGCCAGUGUCUGAAGGUCGGGACCCAGGCGUGCUGUUUCCUGGCGGGGCUGGAAGACCCCUGGUGCUCAACCUCACCCGUCAAGUGCCGGUGUGGCGGGAGGAGUACAAGGGGCAGGUGAAUCUGCACGUGUUUGAGGACUGGUGCGGGGGCGCCGUGGGCCAGCUCCGGAGGAACCUGCACUUCCCUCUCUUCCCUCACACUCGCACCACCGUGAAGAAGCUGGCUGUGUCCCCCAAGUGGAAGAACUACGGCCUCCGCCUCUUCGGCUUCAUCCACCCAGCGAGAGAUGGCGACGUCCAGUUCUCUGUGGCUUCGGAUGACAACUCUGAGUUCUGGCUGAGCCCAAAUGAGAGCCCAGCGGGUGCCCAGCUGGUGGCCUUUGUGGGCAAGACGGGCUCAGAGUGGACAGCACCUGGAGAGUUCACCAAGUUCAGCUCCCAGGUGUCUAAGCCCAGACGGCUCAUGGCCUCUCGGAGGUACUACUUUGAGCUGCUGCACAAGCAGGAUGACCGCGGCUCGGACCACGUGGAAGUGGGUUGGCGAGCAUUCCUGCCGGGUCUGAAGUUCGAGGUCAUCGGCUCUGCUCACAUCUCCCUCUACACAGACGAGUCAGCCCUGAAGAUGGACCACGUGGCUCACGUGCCCCAGUCUCCUGCCAGUCACGUGGCGGGGCAGCCACGGCAGGAGGAACCCAGAGCUGACAUGCUGCGGCCGGAUCCCCGAGACGCCUUCUUUCUCACGCCUCGGGUGGAGCCCUCGGAUCUGGAGAGUGUGCUGGAGCCCUGCACCUACGCCCCGACCUACGUGGUCAAGGACUUUCCCAUCGCAAGAUACCAGGGACUGCAAUUUGUGUACCUGUCCUUCGUUUAUCCCAAUGACCACACGCGCCUGACUCACAUGGAGACGGACAACAAGUGCUUCUACCGGGAGUCGCCGCUGUAUCUGGAAAGGUUUGGGUUCUACAAAUACAUGAAGAUGGACCGGGAGGAGGGCGGGGAGGACAGAGAGGAGGUGCAGCGCAGAGCCUUCCUCUUCCUCAACCCGGACGACUUCCUGGAUGACGAGGACGACGGAGAGCUGCUCGACGCCGGCCUGGGGCCCACCGAGGCCCCCCAAAGGCAGGGCAGCCGCCAGCUCCCGGCCCCCGCAGCCCCCUCCGAGGCCCCGGCCACCCCUGCCGCGCCGACACCCCGACGCUCCCGGGCGCUGAGCUGGGCGGCCCGCCAGCUCCCCCUCUUCUUGGGCCGCGCCCCGCCCCCGCGGCCCGCAGCCCGGCCCUCCAAGGUGUACGUGACACGCGUGCGGCCCGGCCUGCGGGCGCCCCCCGGGGCCCCGCCACUCGGCGCACGCGGCCCACCCCGGCCGCCCUUGCCUGGCGUCUUCCUGCGCCCCCGACCCCUACCCAGGGUGCCGCUGCGGGCGCCCCCACGCCCACCCCGGGCUCGAGGCCACAGGACGAGCAGCCCCCCGGCCACAGAGCUGAGAGCCCUGGCCCCGGCGCCGGCCACCCAGGAGGGCCGGGAGGGCCGGGCGCGCGCCCCGGGACUCGCGGCCCCCACGGCGGACUCCAACUCUUCCUCUGAAGCGCAGCCCGUGACCUCCUUCCUGAGCUUGUCCCAGGUGUCCAGGCCACAGCUGCCUGAGGAGGGCGAGGAGGACGAGGAGGAGGAAGGGGACGAUGACGAGGAAGGGGCGCCCGGUGACGAGAACGCGUCGGAGGACAGCGAGGAGGCGGCAGGCCUGGUUCGCGGCCGCUGGCGCGAGGACGCCAUCGACUGGCAGCGCACGUUCAGCGUCGGCAACGUGGACUUCGAGCUGCUGCGCUCCGACUGGAACGAUCUGCGCUGCAAUGUGUCCGGGAACCUGCAGCUGCCCGAGGCCGAGGCAGUGGACGUGGUGGCUCAGUACAUGGAGAGGCUCAACAUGCGCCACAGCGGGCGAUACGCUCUUCUGCGCAUCGUGAACGUGGAGAAGCGCCGGGACUCCGCACGAGGAAGCCGCUUCCUCCUGGAACUGGAGCUCCAGGAACGCGGCGGGCGCCGCCUGCGCUUGUCUGAGUACGUCUUCCUGCGCCUGCCCGGGGCCCGUGCCGGCGACACUGAGGAAGACCAAGAGAGUCCCGAGCCCGCCGCAGCCUCCGCGCGCCCCGACGGCCGCCCAGAGCUGUGCCGGCCACUGCGCCUGGCCUGGCGCCAAGACGUGAUGGUGCACUUCGUCGUGCCCGUGAAAAACCAGGCGCGCUGGGUGAUGCAGUUCCUGGCAGACAUGGCCGCCCUGCACGCGCGCACAGGCGACUCCCGCUUCAGUGUCGUCCUGGUGGACUUUGAGAGCGAGGACAUGGACGUGGAGCAGGCCCUCCGCGCUGCGCGGCUGCCCAGAUACCAAUACCUGAGGCGAGCCGGGAACUUUGAGCGCUCUGCGGGGCUGCAAGCUGGAGUGGACGCAGUAGAGGAUGCCAGCAGCAUCGUUUUCCUCUGCGACCUGCACAUCCACUUCCCCCCCAGCAUCCUGGACGGUAUUCGCAAGCACUGCGUGGAGGGCAAGCUGGCCUUCGCGCCAGUGGUCAUGCGGCUGAGCUGUGGGAGCUCACCAGGGGACCCGCACGGUUACUGGGAGGUGAAUGGCUUUGGCCUGUUUGGGAUCUACAAGUCUGACUUUGACCGUAUUGGAGGCAUGAACACUGAGGAAUUCCGGGACCAGUGGGGAGGCGAGGACUGGGAGCUCCUGGACAGGGUCCUGCAGGCAGGGCUGGAGGUGGAGCGACUCCGCGUACGGAACUUCUACCACCACUUCCACUCCAAGCGGGGGAUGUGGGGCGCGCGCAGCCGCAAGGCCGCCCGAAAGGAGGCCCCCCAAAAAGAGGCCCCUUGAGGACCAGUGACCCCUCCCAGCCUCACCCGCCGGCCUGUGCUGGCAGCUGGAGGCCGGGCCCAGAGCCUGGACCCGGGGACCCGGCGGGCUCAUCCCGGGGCACAGCCACCAUGGUGCCUGCCCGCUCGGGCCCCCAGGCCACUGCGCCCCCGGCCCCUCCCAGAGAGGCGGCCUCUGUAGCGGGCGGGGCCCAGGCUCGGCCCCCACGCCCCGUGCGAUGAUUUCUGUGAAAUUUUGCAGUAGCGAUGACAUUGUUUUCAGGAUUUCCAAGAGUUCUGUCUGUUCCAUUUUUUAUUCAGAAUGAAAUGAAAUAUUUUUUUUA